CCGAGGAAAUGAAAAGCAGUGGGCCAUUUUACCUCGCGGUGAUUGAGCGCCCUAAGUCUCGAGUGUGGUAUAAGCGACAGAGAAUGGGGAUCCACAGCAUUAAUUCCUUCAUGAAAUCGAUGGCUGUUCAGGGCGAGAUUGAAGGUAAACGGCUCACAAACCACCGUGUACGCAAAACGCUGAUGAAGAAACUCAAAGCUGCCAACCAACCUCGCUCCGCAAUUAUUGGCGUCACUGGCCAUACAAACGAGCGCUCUUUAGUCGACUACGAGGAAGCCGAUGAGAAUGAACAACGGCUGAUUUGCUCAAUCGUAAGCUCUGACGGUCACGCAACCACGUCCAACCAACGCCGUCCUCUUCAGAAUAUUGGCCUUUCCUCUGGUGUAGAAAACACGCUGAUGAUGAAUGAAGAGUGGUUGACGACAAUCAAUAAUUUCCACGGCUGUCAAGUGACCAUCAACUACCAGCUUAGUCAGAAGUUUCCCGAGCCGAGGUGCAGUGUUCCACAGGCAGAAUCGAUUGCAGAUGAUUGUUAAACUUUGAUUGAUAAGCCUAUUAAAAACUUUCACUCUUUAGAACUGAGAUUUACAGACAUUCGAGUACAGUUUCGUCACAGUUGUGUGAUGUUUAAGCGAUCACAUGUUUAAUCACAUGUUAUUGUAAAGCCAAAUCAA